UUCCGGAAUGAAAGAAAAACCAGGAAAGGCGCCACCUAGUACCGCCGUACGUCGUUUUCACUCGGGCAAGGUGUGGAACGAAGAAACCUGUUUUGAUAAGGAUUUAUUGUUUGUUUAGUUAAGAUGGUUUUAUAUGCUAUCAGUAUCAUAGCAAAGGCCACGGAGAUGUGAUUAAUGCUUCUAUUCAUAAACGUGUUAGCAAGCGUGCAGUCCUCACUUACAGAACGAGUGUCGGCGCUGGCCUGUUGCGGAGCCUGAAAUCAGUGACCCUCUCCAGCACGCUAACGCGCUGUACUAUAUAUCGGUGUGUGUGUUUUGGGUGUGACUUUGGAUUAAGACCCCCUGUCAAGGCGCCAUGGAACCUAUAGGAUUUGAAAUGCACACUGGUGCACAGGACCAGCCCGCCCACGUGUCACAGGUGAAUGUUGAGUACCCAAUGAACACACCAGCCGCUGGCCAAGGUGUGAGUCCUGAUCCGAAUGAAGGUAGCCUAUAUCCAGUAAUGGAGAAGGAUCCAUCCGGCCCCGGCCCCGCCCCCGCCCCCGCCCCCAUAGGGUUCGAAGGUCAUGCCAAUGGAGGCCCAGAAGAUGGAAGAGACGAAAGUACCGCCGUGGAUAUUGAGAAGAGUCCUGAGGAAAGACAUCUUGAGGGUGAAGGUGAACUAGAGCAGGCUGACACCUUACUUGGAGGGGAGGAAAUAUCUCAGGAGGAGGCAAAACUGCUGCUUGAGCAACAGAAGAUAGCUAAUGAAGAUGCAACACUAUUUUUCCGAGAUGGCGCAAGAAAGAUUGAUUAUGUUCUGGCCUACGAGCCAGGCUCGCCCUCGGAACAGGAAGAAAAGAAAAGGGAAAAAAGAAAAAUAUUUGAAGAUAACCUGCGGAAGGAAGGUCUAGAGCUGGAAUACGAAGGAAAAGAGAAGUCCAGCUUUGUUUCCAAGACAUCCAGGAGUGGAAAAACAUGUUUUGUGAAGGUUCACGCUCCGUGGGACGUCAUGACUAAAUAUGCUGAAUUGACCAACCUCAAAAUGCCCCUAGCGGAAAAUGACUUGGAGUUUGAGCUUGAAUCGUACAUGGAGUACUGCUGGAAUAUGUUCCCGUCUGUCUUUGAACUUGAUGCGGAUAUCGUCAAACCGGAGCCGAACUACUUCACCGCUCCUUUUAACCGAGACCGUCAGGACCAAUUUCUUAAGACCUAUAAGAAGAUUGAAGCUUUCGAUCGUGAUGACCCGGCAUUUGUCAUCAAGGAUAAGAAUUCGUUCUUUACAAACGCUCAGAGGAGUAGGAUGGUACACGAAAUUCUAGUUCGUACAGUGUUUGACAGAGAAGAUAAUGAUAAGGGAAAACACAGGUUUGGUAUUACAAAGAUGACCAGUUCAGGGAUCUAUGCCGCAGCAUUUCCUCUUCAUGAUGGCCGCUACACGAGUGAACAUUCCCUACUGACCAGAGGCAAGUCAAACGACAGACACCUGCUGUACGAGGUGUGGGCCAGGCCAGGAGCAUGGUAAAAAUCCCAGCCACUAGACGAAAUCAGGUAAACACUACAAAUAUUAGU